AUGCGCCUGACUCGCUCGCAUACGCAAAAUGACACCGCAGGAAGUGGAUGGCCCCUGUUUGACCAGCUGCCCGCCUCUGAACGCGCACCACUGGCCGGGCUUACCGUCAGCGAGGUCCAAGCGUGGGUCCGUGCUCGCAUCGACAAGUACCGUCAGCUCGUCGACAUCCUCGUCGCGUUCCACAAUGCCAUAGCCCCCAUUCAUCGAGCGUUUCCACCGGAAGUGCUCGCAGAGGUCUUUAUUCAGCGCGUUGCCUUGGAGCAGUCCGAUCCGAUGAUCGUUGCGCACAUCUGCCGUAGAUGGCGAGCGGUCGCGCUCGACUGUCCGCGUUUGUGGGCGGCCGUCGUUGGGUCC